AGCAGAGGAGGGCAGGGAGCAAUGACCAAAAGUAGAGUUGGAGACCUUUGCUGGAUAGUUUGAAAGCCAGGGAGUUUUUUUUUUUUAUUUUUGUCAUACAGCAGACCUGGGCUUAUUACUUCCUUUUUUUUUGUUGUCUGCAGGUUCUGUAACAGUGAUGAUAUAAUUGGGAUCAGCUUAUUUACCUAGAGAAUUUCCUGUUUCAAUCUAUUUCCUUAAAGAGAUGAAGAAAGGACCAGAAAGUAGAGUAUGUACCCUUGCUCCUCCAGGCAAUUUAGUGGAGUCAGAUCCAGACACUAACAGCAGCAAUGAAACCUCAGCAAGAGAGAAAGACAUGCUUCCUUCUCCUGGGGAACUGGAAAAUGUAUUACCACUGAAAACCAGCACAGAAACAUCCAGGAAAAAACUCUGUGGCUAUUUAAAUAAACUGGGCAUCAAGGGGCCAAUCAAGACCUGGAAGUCUCGCUGGUUCUUUUACGAUGAAAACAAAUGUCGCUUACUAUACUACAGAACUGCCCAGGACAUUAAUCCUUUGGGGUCUGUUGAUCUCUCCAGUGCCAGUUUUGACUGCAAAAUGGAAAAUGGGGAAGGAGUUUUUGAGAUCAGAACACCAAGCAGAGCUUUUACUUUGAAGGCAAUCAGCAGACAGGCGAUGAUGUACUGGCUGCAGCAGCUGCAAAUGAGACGUUGGGAAUUUUGCAACACCCAGAGCAAAUUUCCUGUGGGCAGCUCCCAGCUUGUGAAUGAACCUGUGGCUGGAAGAACAAAUGUAGUUGACAAUGAAGACUUUCUGCCUCUUGUGAAAACACCAACAGAAGCAGUGGGUUUAAAGGCAGCACAUUUGCCUGCACCCCAAAUAUCUACUGCUUUGCAGAACAUCUCCCUUAAGCACCCUUGGACAGAGAUACAAAACACUGUCUACAGUAUUUGUGGCUCCAAACAGCUCUGGGGGAACAACGGGAAUGUCUUUAGCUUUGAUGAAUUCCAAGAGCAUCCUGAGAAUGUGGAUAAGGAGCAAGAGGAAGAAGUGGAGGCAGGAUGUGCAGUUAAGGAGGAGACCUUGGAAGAUGGGAAGAUGGGGCCCAGGCUGAACUGGAUUAGGAAAGCCAGGAGGAUGAACAGUGGCUUCCCAGGCUCUGAAGAAUUGUUGAGGGAGAAGAAUUCAGUGGAUAAAGUUAGUGUCCUUCAGCAACAGAUUCUGACGCUCACAGAAGAAGUCAAGUCACAGAAGGAACUGGUCAAACUUCUCCACAAAGCUCUGGAGGCAGCCCAGCAGGAGAAGCGAGUAUCUAGCAUGUAUCUCACUGCAGCAGAAGAUAAGGACAGGCUGGAGCUGGUGCGCCACAAAGUGAGACAAAUUACAGAUCUGACAAGUCGACUGGAAGCUCUUGAACAAGAAAAGAAGGAACUGGAGCAGAUACUGACUUUGAGAGACAGCCAUAUCCAGGAGCUCAAGGAACAUGUGCAGCUUCUGAUGGAGAAGAACCAUGCCAAACAGGAAGUCAUCAUGACAUUGACAGAGCAGAUGGCCCGAGAGCUCUCUGACCCCCUGCAAGAAGCCAACACAAUCACUGUAGAGACAUUGUAUAAGCAGCAGGAGGAGAUUGAGCAUCUGAAGGAUGAUAUUGAUGCAUACAAAACCCAGAACCAGUUUCUCAAUUCAGAGAUCCACCAGGUUACUCGACUCUGGACAAGUGUUGCUGAGAAUGAAAAAGCCCUUCUGAUGAAGUGUGCCUGCCUGCAAGCAAGAAACUGCCAGAUGGAGAGCAAAUACCUGACAGUCUUGAGAAAGCUGCAGGAGGCUGUGCCUGGCCUGCCCAACUCACAUGCAGAUUUGGUGAAGAACCUCAUUCAGGAAGCUCUCCAGUGGGAUGUGAAGGACGAAGCGGAAGAAGGUUUUAACUUGAACCCUGUAAGUGAGUAUGAUGAGUAUGGCUUCAUGACUGUACCUGACUAUGAAAUUGAGGACUGGAAACUCCUGGCCAAAAUCCAAGCCCUUGAGAUAAAGUCCAACAAACUGCGGAGCCAGGAAAUAGUGGAGAAGCCCCUCCGUGACAGAUGGAACAGCAUUGGAGAGCUGAACCUCUCUGGAGAGCUGAAGAGUCUGAUCCGAAGUGGCAUUCCAGUGGAGCAUCGGCAGCGGGUGUGGAGGUGGAUGGUCAGCCGGCACUGCAGCCCUGUUCCAGGCCACUACCAGCGACUGCUGGAGCAGAGCAGGAGCACUGAGCACCCUGCCUGCAGGCAGAUUGAGCUUGACCUGCCCCGCACACUGACCAACAACAAGCAUUUCUCCUCUCCCACCUCCCAGCUCAUCCCCAAGCUCCGGAGGGUGUUAUUGGCAUUCUCCUGGCACAAUCCUGCCAUUGGAUACUGCCAGGGAUUGAACAGAUUGGCAGCUGUUGCUCUCCUGGUCCUAGAAGAUGAGGAAAGUGCUUUCUGGUGUCUAGUCUAUAUUGUGGAGAACCUAAUGCCGGCAGACUACUACAGUGACACACUAAUAACAUCACAGGUAGAUCAGAGAGUCUUCAAAGACUUCCUGUCCGAGAAGCUGCCUCGCCUCAUGACUCAUUUUGAACAGUAUCGGAUUGAUGUCUCACUCAUCACCUUCAACUGGUUUUUGGUGGCCUUUGUGGACAGCCUCGUCAGUGACAUCCUCCUGCGAGUGUGGGAUGCCUUCUUGUAUGAGGGAACUAAGGUAAUUUUCCGCUAUGCUCUUGCAAUUUUUAAAUACAACGAGGAGGAAAUUCUAAGAAUUCAUGACAGUGUGGAGAUCUACCAGUACCUACGCUUUUUCACGAGGAUGAUCACAGAUGGCAGGAAGCUGAUGAACAUUGCCUUCAAUGACUUAAACCCCUUCCCCAUGAAACUGCUGAGGAACCGUCGGUCAAUGCACAGGGAAGAGCUGGAGGCAGAGCUGUGUGAACUUGAACAGAUCAAGGCAGCCUAUGUGAAAGAGAGAGCAGAGCAGGGACCUCAGGACCUGAAGGAGGUUGCUAGUGAAGAUGAAGAAGAGAGCUAACAAAAACAGAGUU